AACAAUGAACAUUUAUUAUGCUCACCAAGUCAAGUGUACCCAGCAUUAAUUACUACUGCAUCCUAAUUCUAUCUCCUCUUGACAGGCCGGCAAAUGCUGUUAUCCAAAUUUAUAGAGAAGGAAACAAGCUUUGAGAGAUUAAGUUGCCCAAGGUAACUCGGGCUAGACAGCUUUCAAAAUGCAGACUCUUAACUGGAGCAUAUAAACUCCAAAAGAGUUCCCGACUCUUUUGGAAAAGAAUCCUUUUCAACUUCACAGUUCAAGACCCCACCCUAGCCUUUCCAGCAUCCAGUUUAACUUCAGCCAAGUUUUUGGUUGUUUUGAACAAAGAUGUAGAGAAUGCUGUCAAACGUUAGUUCAGGGGGUCAACAGAGAAGCUGGGGGUCGAGAGUGGAAAUUUAGGCGCCCCGGGCGCACUGGGUAAGAAAAGUAUCUGGGGACCAACAGGCGAGUCACGUGUGCAUGAAACUCGACCUAAGGGGUGGGGAAGGACGGGAACCCCCGCCCCCACCUUGGGGCGCUGCUCCCAACGCCUGUAAAUACAGCUAUCAACUCCGCAGAUCGCGUAGUCCAUGCCCUGGCUUCCCGGCUUCACCUAUCUGUGGCGCCAGGACGGUUCCCAGAUCCACUGCUUCUUUCGAGGGCGCAGACGAGCUGAGAACAGGACCAAUACCACCCAAGAUGAACAGCAUCAGUGGACAAGCUGUGACCAGCAGGAAAAGAUGCUCAACCUGGGUUUCACCAUUGGCUCCUUCCUGCUGAGUGCUACCACACUGCCUCUGGGAAUUCUCAUGGACCGCUUUGGGCCCAGGCCUCUUCGACUGGUGGGCAGUGCCUGCUUUGCCGCAUCCUGCACUCUAAUGGCCUUGGCCUCCAGGGACACUGAAGUUUUGUCUCCAUUGAUAUUCCUGGCACUGUCCUUGAAUGGAUUUGCUGGCAUCUGCUUAACGUUUACCUCACUCACGCUGCCCAACAUGUUUGGGAAUUUGCGAUCCACUUUCAUGGCCCUCAUGAUUGGCUCCUAUGCGUCUUCUGCCAUCACGUUCCCUGGAAUCAAGCUGAUCUACGAUGCCGGAGUCCCCUUCACUGUCAUCAUGUUCACAUGGUCUGGCCUGGCCUGUCUCAUCUUUUUGAACUGUGCUCUCAACUGGCCUGCAGAAGCCUUUCCUGCCCCUGAGGAAGUUGACUACACGAAGAAGAUCAAACUCAUUGGGUUAGCCUUGGACCACAAGGUCACAGGUGACCGCUUCUACACCCAUGUAACCAUUGUGGGUCAGCGGCUGAGUCAGAAGUCCCCCAGCCUGGAGGAGGGCGCUGACGCCUUUAUUUCAUCCCCGGAUAUCCCUGGUACCUCAGAGGAGACUCCUGAAAAGUCUGUCCCUUUUCGCAAGAGCCUCUGCUCCCCCAUUUUCCUGUGGAGCCUUGUCACCAUGGGCAUGACCCAGCUUCGGGUCAUCUUCUAUAUGGGUGCUAUGAACAAGAUCCUGGAGUUCAUUGUGACUGGUGGCAAGGAACGUGAGACAAAUGAGCAGAGACAGAAGGUGGAGGAGACAGUUGAGUUCUACUCUUCCAUCUUUGGAGUCAUGCAGCUGUUGUGUCUUCUCACCUGCCCCCUCAUUGGCUACAUCAUGGACUGGCGCAUCAAGGACUGUGUGGAUGCUCCAACGGAGGGCACCCUGAAUGAGAAUGCUUCCUUUGGAGAUGCCAGAGAUGGGGCUAGCACCAAGUUCACUAGACCACGCUACCGCAAGGUACAAAAGCUCACCAAUGCCAUCAAUGCCUUCACCCUGACCAACAUCCUGCUUGUGGGUUUCGGCAUCGCCUGCCUCAUCAAGAACUUACACCUGCAGUUGCUGGCCUUUGUCCUGCAUACCAUAGUUCGCGGUUUCUUCCACUCAGCCUGUGGAGGUCUCUACGCUGCUGUGUUCCCGUCCAAUCAUUUUGGGACACUGACAGGUCUUCAGUCUCUCAUCAGUGCCGUGUUUGCUCUGCUGCAACAGCUACUCUUCAUGGCCAUGGUGGGACCCCUGCAUGGAGAUCCCUUCUGGGUGAACCUGGGCCUCCUACUUCUCUCGUUCCUGGGAUUUCUCCUACCUUCCUACCUCUACUACUACCGGUCUCGCCUGCAGAGAGAGUAUGCCACCAAUUUGGUAGACCCACAGAAGGUGCUCAAUACUUCGAAGGUGGCUACAUAGACUCCUGAGGCCAAGAGACUUGGAGGACAGGCAGUCAAGGCCUGAUAAACCGAAGGGAAUGGCCUGUGGCUUUCUACCUGCAUCGUGUUCAUAGAGCCGGGUUCUGUGGAUUUAUAAAUACUAAGAGUUCUAUUUUUGUAGGGACUUGCAAAAAAGGAAACAAACAGAACAAAACCCCCAAACCAAAAACAGCCCUUAAAAAACUCCCCCCAACCAAGCUAUCCAUCAACUGAAGACAGUGCCCGUUCCAGUGGUAUUGGGCCAUCGUCUUUGAAAAGAAAGUGUGGGGCUGCCCUUUCUCCACACUUGGCCUAGGAGCCUCUGUGGAGUUGCCUUCUGAAAACUCAUGGGAUCAGUGAACAGACCACACUAAGAUUCCAGCCGCCAAGUGUGCACACAUAUAUGUUACGCACAUGCAUAUUGCAUCCUUUCCUGCAGGAGAAGGACUGAGGGGCUGGCUGUAUCCAGGAUGGGGUGUGGGGGCUGGAGGGCGGGUUCCCUCCCUGAUGCUGUUUCUUACAGGUCUUAGAGGAAAUAAAAAGGGAAAUG